AUGAGUGUAUAUGGGGCCCCAACCCAAGACGAAGUCAAGAACCCAGAAAAUCAAGUGGUGGAACUAAAAGAAGCCAGAGCAGAGAUGAUUUUACAGAUAAGGUUUAGAAAGACCCUAGAAAGACGUAGACAGGAAGAGAGGUGUGACUGGGAAACAACGCAGAAGACAUGCGGGAUCUGGGAGAGAAAAUCUGUGGCAAAACCUCCGGAAGGCAAAGCUGAAAAGGAGACGUGGUGGUGGUAUGAUGAAGUCCAGAGAAGAAUUAGUGAGAAGAAGGAAGCAAAAAAGAAACUCUUUGAAGAUCCAUCUGAAGAGAACAAAGCUUACUACAAAACAAACAAGAAGGAAGCUAAAAGAGCUGUGGGAACCCCAAAGGCAAGAGCAUUAACCAACUCUACGAAGACCUUGAUAAAAACAGAAGGGGAAACACGUGAGAAGGAACAGGUGGGGGAACCUGGUGAGGUGGAAGCCAUCCCCUGA